AUGGACGUGGGGUACUUUCCCCUCGCCUUCCCGCCGGGGCUGUGCCGCGGGGCCCCGGAGUCACCCUUUACCCGGCGGACGGAAGCCACCUUCCUGGCGUUGGGCACCGCAGCCAGCGCCGCAUCAGCCCCGCCGCCCGCUGCUUGCGCAGGGGCAGCGGGGUACAUGGCCGCCCCCCCUGCAGCGCCGGGCUCCAGCUACCGGCCGUCCCGCGGAGCCGGGCCGCCGGGAUACGCCACAUCCAUCUUCCCCAGGAGCAGCAGCCCGCCGACGCCUCCAGAGCCCGGCCCCUCCUGCCCCGGCGCUGCCCCCGCGCCCGGCUCCCUGGCUCCCGUGGCGGCCCCGGCGGCGCCCCGCACCUUCGAGUGGAUGCGAGCGAAGCGGAGCGCGCCCGGGAGAAGCGGCGCGGCGCCGUGCAGAGGGGACCCUCCCGCCUGCCCCGUACGCACCAGCUUCAGCACCAGGCAGCUCACGGAGCUGGAGAAAGAGUUUCACUUCAGCCGGUACCUGUCGCGGGCUCGCCGUCUCGAGGUGGCCCGCUCGCUGCGCCUCCGCGACGCCCAGGUGAAGGUCUGGUUCCAGAACCGCCGCAUGAAGCAGAAGAAGCGGGAGCGGGAGGCGCUGGCAGCCCCCACCACCGCGCCCGCAGAUGCCCUGGGCGGCCCGGCCUUUAUUUAUGAGGAUUCAGGGAAAGGUGCCAGCCCGGAAAGCUGCUGCUCAAAUUCUGCUCGAGGGAGCGGGCUGGCGCAGCCUGGAGCUAACGGGGACUGCCGCUCCACCGGCUGCCCUGGGUUCGGCGGCUGCCCAAGCAACCGGCCUCUUCCCCGUUUUGCAUUUAAGGAGAGAUCCGCAGACUAG